GGCCGACACCCGGGGCCGCCCCGGCCAACUCCCUGCCCAACCCCGCAGGCUAUGGCGCAGUAGCUCCUUGUCCUUGCCCGCUCGUCCCGUGCCAGUGACAAAGGGAAAAGCACAAUGAAUCCAGGGCCCGGCUUUCCGGCCGCGGCCCCUUUAAGAGCAGAACCUCCCGGAGCUGCCCGUCCCAACCGACCCCAACUUAACCGAAACCCAACCCGGACUUCCCCGUUACCGCUCAAAUAUUGCCAACUUUGGAUUUUCCCUCCCCUGCUAACCAAUCGGAUUGCUGUUACUAGGCAGACUUGAGCUGCUGCCGAAGCGAGUGAGGCGCUCUGUCUCUGGGAGGCUGCAUGGACCAAUAGCAGACGGGGCCGGCUGGCGUAUCCGGGCAGAUUGGGGCGGAACCAACCAAUCAAAAAAAAAAAAAAGGGCCAAGCAACGAGUGGAACCGGGACUGUGAAGCCGACCCAGAGUCGUGGUGGCUCCGAGUGACUUGAGGGGUGCCAAGGGUAGGGAAGACAUCCAAGAUUUAAAUCUGUCUCACUCAAGUUCUAAUGCCAGGAUGGCAGAAGAUGAACCUGAUGCCAAGAGCCCAAAGACAGGUGGAGCAGCCCCAGGCAGUGGGGAUGCUGGUGAACCUACCACUCUCCUACAGAAGCUCCGAGGGUCUAUCUCCAAAGCGGUACAGAACAAAGUAGAGGGGAUCCUGCAAGAUGUGCAGAGGUUCUCGGACAACGACAAGCUGUAUCUUUACCUUCAGCUCCCCUCAGGCCCCAGUGGCGGAGAUAAAAGCAACCUGGAGCCAAGUGCACUCAGCCAUGACGAGUAUAUGUACGCCUACAGAUGGAUUCGAAACCACCUAGAAGAGCACACGGCCACCUGUUUGCCCAAGCAGGAUGUUUAUGAUGCUUAUAGGAGGUACUGUGAGAGCUUAGCCUGCUGCCGCCCGCUUAGCACUGCCAACUUUGGCAAAAUCAUCCGGGAAAUCUUCCCUGACAUCAAGGCCCGGAGGCUGGGAGGCCGGGGCCAAUCUAAAUAUUGCUACAGUGGUAUCCGAAGAAAGACCUUGGUAUCUAUGCCACCCUUGCCUGGACUUGACCUCAAGGGCUCAGAGAGUCCAGAGUUGGGCCCAGAAGUGGGUCCGGGUCCUCGGGAUGAACUAGUGGAAGCGGCCUGUGCCCUGACCUGUGACUGGGCAGAGCGUAUAUUAAAACGCUCCUUCAGCUCCAUCGUGGAAGUGGCCCGAUUCCUGCUGCAGCAACAUCUCAUCUCUGCUCGAUCUGCUCAUGCACAUCUGCUCAUGGCCAUGGUGCUCGCUGAUGAACCUGAACGGCUCCCACGGGAUCCCUCAUCCGCUACCAAGAAUGGUCUGGAGAACCCAGAAAGAAGAGCCUCUAAAGGUCAGCCCCAGUCCCCCAAGGAGCCGGAGCCCCGAACUGGGUCUGCCCUCCCAGCUCGAGGGGAGCGAAAGAAAACUGCAGAAACCUCAGCCCCAGCAGCCAGCAGCCCCCAAGUGAAUGCUCUGGUUGCCCGACUGCCUGUGCUCCUUCCCCGGGUACCCCACCCACAACUUCCUCGGCCUGUCCGAGUCUCCCCACCAGUCCUGGCCCCCAAACUUCCCUCAGGUACCCUAAAAGUCACUACACUGCCUUUGCCCAGUGGGGCUGGGGUAUCUCAGGGUACUCUGCCCAUCAUCAACAUGAUCUUGCCCACUGUAUCUGCUGUGCCUGUACCUGGGAGAGCUCCACCAGAAGGUUCCACCCAGUCUCAGGGCCUUGAGAAAAACAGGGAGAUAGGCCCAGGGGUGGACUUGGGACCACGGGGCAAGGGAGUGAAAAGGACAGCUGAAGUGCCUAUGAGUGACACCAGAGGACAAGAGCUAGCAGCCAAAGUAUUAAGCCAGGAUACAGAAGAAAUAGGGAUCGAUGCCAAGCGUAAAAGAGGGCGUCCUCGAAAGAAAUCAAACAGCGAGGGGGAACGGAGCUCCUCCCCUGAGAAGCCACUGCCUGCUACAGACUCGGCCCAUUCCUUUAGGGCACCACAAGAGUCUCAGGGCUUUGGAGGGGAGAGUGACCUAGCUAAAGGGUCAGUGGGAAAGGUGGAGGAGAAAAAAGUGCCUUCUCUUGGCCAGGAAGAUGGCACUGAUUUCAAGGGAGGAAGGGGACCUAGUGCCCAACAUGCCAAAGAAAUAGGGGACAAAAGUCUUGUCACUCCUAAAGUGAGUGUCAUUAAGGGCAACAAAAGCUGGGAGGGAGCCCCACAGUCCACGAGAAAAGAGGUAACAGAACCUACAGGGCAAGGUAAUAAAGACCCAAAAGGGAAUGUGUCCCAAGGCUCCCUAUUCUUGGGACAUAAAGAUCCCAAAGCAACACCCCCUUAAUAGGUACAUGGGGGGAAAUUGAAUAUCCCCACAUGCACCUAAUCUGUCCAUCUAAGAAGGCUCCCUUCUCUCUGAUCCUGCUCGUUAUUUGGCCACGCCUUUCUCAAGGGAGACUUGUCCUAGUCCUUCCCCUUCUGGACUUCUGUGUUCCCCAAUCUGACCACAUCUUGUCCCUCCCUUUGCCUAGUUCCCUUGGCUUCAAUGCUACCUAGCAAUAAACCUGCCAUGCCCCCUA